AUGAGUACUAUCUGUUGCUUAGAAGCUCUAAUAAAAAAGUGUACCACAAUUAACUCGCUUAAGAAGGCGCGUCAACUACACGCCCUGAUCCUAGCCACCACAGCCUCUACCAGCUAUGCACAAUCUCCUUACCUUAAUAAUAAUCUCAUUGCAAUGUAUGCCCAUUGUGGUUCGCGAUCGGACGCGCAGAAAUUGUUUGAUAGAAUGCCUCGAAAAAAUGCUAUUUCUUACAAUGCUCUUAUUGCAGCGUAUUGUAGAGAUUCAAGUUAUGAGACUUUGAGUUUUAAGUUAUUUUCAGAUAUGGGAAUUCAGAGGUUGCGUCCUAAUGGUGCAACGUUCACGAGUUUAUUGCAAGUUUGUUGUUUGCUAGAGGAUUGGUUUUUGGGAUCUACACUUCAUGGUCAAGUGUUACAGUUUGGGUAUGUGAAUGAUAUUUGUGUUCAGACAAUGUUGCUUGGUAUGUACUCAGAUUGUGGGGAUUUGGAGUCCGCGUGUAAGGUUUUUGGAUAUGCAGUGGAAAAGGAUGAUGUUUUCUGGAAUUCUAUGAUAUCUGGCUACUUGAAGAAUGAUAGGAUUAAGGAAAGCCUUAGUUUAUUUGGAGAAAUGGUAAGGUCUGGUACUAUUUUUACCCAGUUCACAUGUUCAAUGGCAUUGAAUGCUUGUAGCAAAUUGGGAUAUUAUAGUCAGGGACGAAUAAUUCAUGCCCAAGUUAUUGUUUCGAAUAUACUACCUGAUUCGGCUUUGCAGAACGCCUUGCUUGACAUGUAUUAUAGCUGUGGUGACAGAAGAACAGCCUUAACUCUCUUUAGUAGAAUUCAGAUUCCGAGUUUAAUUUCUUGGAAUUCAAUGAUUUCCUGGUUUGCAAAAAAUGAAGAGGGAGAGAAAGCUAUGGGUCUGUUUGUCAAGUUGCUUGGUAUGUCUACUUGUAAACCAGAUGAGUAUACUUUUACAGCCAUUAUUUCAGCAACUGGUGAAUUUCGAGCAACUGAUUAUGGGCAACCUCUCCAUGCCCAAGUUAUUAAAGCAGGGCUGCAGUGGAGUGUCUUCAUAGGAAAUGCUCUGUUGUCGAUGUAUUUUAGAAACAGUGACGUUGAAGCCGCUCGAGGGGUUUUCAGUUUGAUGGAAGAGAAAGAUGUUGUUCUUUGGACUGAAAUGAUUAUGGGUCACUGUAGAUUGGGUGAUGGAGAAAGUGCAAUAAAAUUAUUUUGCAAGAUGCGUCAGGAAGGCCAUAAGAGUGACAGUUUUGCUCUAAGUGGAGCUCUGAGUGUCUGUGCUGACCUUGCAAUUUUAAAGCAAGGACAAAUGCUUCAUACUCAGGCUGUUAAAACAGGAUGUGAAGCUGAAAUAUCUGUUUGUGGAAGUCUUGUAGAUAUGUAUGCUAAAAAUGGUAACCUUCAAGCGGCACAGUUGAUUUUUUCCCAAGUUUGUAACCCUGAUCUGAAAUGCUGGAAUUCAAUGAUCGGUGGAUAUAGUCAUCAUGGAAUGGCAGAGGAAGCAGUAAUGCUCUUUGCUGAGGUUUUAGAAUGUGGUCUAACACCAGAUCAAGUGACAUUUCUGUCCCUACUAUCUGCCUGCAACCAUAGUGGCUUGGUUGAGAAGGGAAAAUUCUUGUGGGAUUAUAUGAAGAAGAAUGGCAUUACGCCUGGUCCUAAGCACUAUAGUUGCAUGGUAAGUUUAUUAAGUCGAGCAGGAUUACUGGAUGAGGCAGAAGAGCUUAUUACUGAAUCAACCUGUAGUGAAGAGCAUUUGAAACUAUGGAGAACUUUGCUGAGCUCUUGUGUGAAUAGAAGGAAUUUAACAGUAGGAGCUCGCGCAGCAAAACAAGUGUUAAGAUUAGAUCCAGAAGAUAGUGCAACUUAUAUUUUGCUUUCAAAUCUUUAUGCUGUUACAGGGAGAUGGGAUGGUGUUGCAGAAUUGAGGAAAAAGAUAAGAGGUUUGAUGUUGGAAAAAGACCCGGGCGUAAGCUGGAUAGAGGCCAAGAAUGAUAUUCAUGUGUUCUCUUCUGACGACCAAUCAAACCCAGUGAUUGAUGAGGCACAAGCUGAAGUGCGUAGACUACAAAGGAACAUGAUCAGAUCAGUUACAGAUGAAUAUGAAUUUGAUGCAAGGAUAUAAUCUACAUAGGAUGCCGCAGCCAUUUGACUAAAAAGAAGCUUGGAAUACUGUUGAUUGGAGAUUCUCAAUUCUCAAACUCAGGAUGGAAUUCAGAGCUGUAAGUUUCAAACUGAAAUCAUGCCCUGCCAACGGUAUACAUGCAGCUGAAUUAACCAUACAGUUAACUUGAGUCUGAAAUUUAUCUUAUAGCCAAUUCCUUAACCAAGGUGUUGAAAACUAGGUUGUAUUAGCUUGGAAUUCAUAGUGCUGGCUGGAAGGGAUAUUAAAAUCAUGUUUGGCAACUGUACGUCCAUAGAAGAGAAUUUGAAAAUUGCAUUGAUUAGUUUUAUCCAUAAAUUGGCAA